GGACUCCAAAUGCCUCAGAGUCUUGGGUUAUGGAGUCUUGGUUUUAUGCACUUCCUCUCUGUCCGGAAACAGGUCUAUAACCUGACUCAGGAGUUCUUCCAGAAUGGUAAACCAGUCAAUGCCGACAGCAAGAAUAGCGUGGGGAUCUUCACGCGAGAUGUCGUGCGCAAACGCGUCAAGGCCGAUCAAGACGACUCGGAGACGAUCAAGAAGCUGAAGCUCGCCAUGAUCCAGCAAUACCUGAAACAGGUGGAAAGUUGUGAGAGCAGCUCUCACAGCAUGGACGAAGUCUCUCUCAGCGAAUUUGGGGAGUGGACCGAGAUCCCCGGAGCCCACCACAUCAUCCCGUGUGGCUUCAUGAAAAUUGUGGAGAUCCUCUCCCGUUCCAUCCCAGAGUCCGUCGUCCACCUGAACAAGCCGGUCAAAUGUAUCCACUGGAACCAGUCCAUCAGCAAGGAGAUCGAGCAGGUGGCUGACCACAACGAAGAGCGCCUGGAGGACAACGCGGGGUACAGCGUCCUGGUGGAGUGCGACGACUGCGAGUUCCUCUUGGCUGACCACGUCAUCGUGACGGUCUCCUUGGGGGUCCUGAAGAAGCGCCACGAGGAGAUGUUCUACCCGCCGUUGCCCGAAGAGAAGGUGCUGGCCAUCCAGAAGCUGGGCAUUAGCACCACCGAUAAGAUCUUCCUGGAAUUUGAGGCGCCCUUCUGGAGCCCCGAAUGCAACAGCAUUCAGUUCGUUUGGGAAGAUGAGGCGGAGGCCGAGAGCCUCACCUAUCCGGAAGAGCUGUGGUACAAGAAGAUCUGCAGCUUUGACGUCCUCUACCCGCCGGAGCGUUACGGCCACGUCUUGAGUGGCUGGAUCUGCGGCGAGGAGGCCCUCAUCAUGGAGAAGUACGACGACGAAACGGUCGCAGAGAUCUGCACUGAGAUGCUUCGCAAAUUUACAGGUCGGUGGUCCUUCUCUUUGGGAUCUUAGAAGGUGGGU